AUGGGAGAAGGACAAGCCCUUGAAGCGCUCGGCGUUACCCCCGACAGCAUCUGGGGCGACGAAGAUGAAACCAUUGUCUAUGCCCAAGUACUUGGACAAGGAAAGGCAAUGAUUUUCCGUUUCCAGCGGAGCCAUGACAGCUUGCCCCAGUCGUUGCCAAGCCGGAUUGUCUGCUGCUAUCACGAUCUCGAGGUGCCGGAUGGGGCAUUCACUUUCCAGAAUCGCAGCUCAAUGCGAAGCGCUUUAUGGUCUGCCAUAGCCAUGAUCUGGCCUCAUUGCAUCAUGGACCCCGCAAUUGUCGACCCUGGUGUUGUAGUUGAUAUCAUUCCUGGAGAGACCCAGGAGAUUGUCUGGAGAGCUUACCAAGAACAGCUCUUUAAGCAGUAUCUCGCGCUCCUCCGUGAUAUCGAGCCAAGCGACUUGGUUGCUCAGGGCCAUUCUCCUCGUAUUCUUGACAUCUCCGAGAUUGUCCUACUCGAGGCAUUGGGCGGCAGAGGCUGCUCCAAGCGGGUGCAGUUUGAAGAUGCAGGCAAACAAAUUAAUCGCGAACAUGCCACGCCAUCCAAACAUCCAAUCGCCACACUGAACCUAGUAUCGGUUCGCGACUCCAAUCAGAACACUGCGCUUGUUGGUCAUCUAUCGACUUACUUCGCUGGAGGUGACCUUCGUAACGCAAUUGAAGCAGCCAAUGCAAGAGAAUCGCACAUCUCCUUGCAGCAAAAAGCUAAAUGGUGUCAUCAAAUGUGUCUGGCGAUAACGCACACCCACAGGGUCGCGCAUACUUUCCACAUGGAUAUAAAGCCCGGGAAUUUUAUUAUUGACGACCAAGGGAACCUGAUCCUUAUUGACUGGGAACAAAGCGGUGCACCAGCAACCACACUCGCCCCCGAGGUAGACGGGACCUGGGACGUGGAAGAACAGAAUAUCAAGGAGAACGGACCGACGAGGCUGGCCUACACCAAAUAUACGGGCCCAGAACGUCGGAAUAUGCCCGAAGGCAGUGGACAGGAGACCUUUAAUGUUUGGAAUGUCUUCCCAGAGUGGCAAGUGAGUUGCCCUAAAGCUAUUGAGCUGGCAGAGGUGUUUGCGUUAGGGAGGACCAUGUGGAUGCUUCUGAGCCAGAUAGCCAACGACUUUGACGAGGUUGAGCACCCCGAUGAUGUUCAGGUCACCUGGACAGGAAACAACAACCUUCCAUCUCAAUGGGUCCAAAUUGUGGAAAAUUGCAUGAAAGUCGAUCCAAACGAUCGUCCAUUGUUAGAGAACUUGACAGAGUUCUGGAAAGGCGAAGCAUAUUCCUUGAGAUAG